UACUGUUUAAUGUCUUAUUUAGACCCAGUAUAUAAAAAAAACUGAUGAGGAAUAAACAGAAAAUAUGCCAUCUGAUCGUAGCAAUUGGUUUAUUGGUACAUUUGGCGGAAACCUGUCACGGUUUAUAAUUUCAAGACCACCUGUAACAAUCAUGAUCUUGGUUGUAGCAGCGUUAUGCUGUAGUUUAUUUACACUUGCUGUAUAUGUCCAGUAUAAUCAAAUGCCAGAUCUGGAAGCAACAAAGGGAUAUUCAAAUCUUCUCAAAAAACUUGGCGUGCUCACGUUUUGUCUAACAAACUACACCAAACAACUCAAUCACACAGACAUUAAAAAAGAACUUAAAAGAUUUGGUGAUACAGAAUUUGUAAACAUUUCAUUGCCCUUAUUUCCAAUGUUGACAGUCCAGGGAAACUUUUCGCAUUCAAAUCUUAUCUCAGAAAUAUCUGGUGUUAUGCCAUAUUUUUUGUUGUUUAAUCAUGAUAACCACAUUCACAGCGUUGCAUUACAUGUAUUUCUUAAAAAAGCAUGGAAACCAGAAAAUUGCCUUAAUGACACAUGCAAUCAUAUGGAAUCAUGUGUUGUGUUGCAAAUUAAAAGAGAUGCUUUGCCUGGAGGUGAAAUGUUGCAACCUACAUGUAAUCCAUCACAGUACAAAUCAAAUUACUCAAUGAUAUACAUGGAUCAAAAGAAAGCGGAAAGAAACAAAAGAUCACAGUGUGAAUCUGGCUUACAAAUGCACCUAAAUCCAAUCCUUGGACAAGAUGUUAAGGUGUUUUUAAAUGUGUUGGAGAAAGCUAAAAUCAAAUAUCGUCUUCACAUCUCUUCAUAUAUAUUUUUUGUUGUCCUGUUAUCCAUGUUGAUAUUUGCUGUGUUAAAAAGCCGAUCAAAACAGGACCAAAAGAUCUUACAGAGUUAGUACAAGAAACCUCUUCUAUGUGAAAAUUUUAAAGAGCUUAUAUGUAAUCGGAUUUUUCUGAAUUAUUUAUUCUUUAUUUAUAAUAUGUGUUUACUAUAUGGUGGUGUAUUUUUUUCUAUUUCAAAAUGAAUAAUUAACUUAUAUUUCUUUUAUGAUAAUAUAUUUUAGGAAGUUUCGCAUAUGUGUAUAAAAAUAUGUUGUUUCUUAUUAACUAAGAUGCUAAUUAUGAAUUUUUAUAAUAUAAACAGAUUAUGUUGAAUUUAUAAAAUAAAGUUUUGCAAAAAUGAAAGUAGCUUAUUUUUACUUGAAAGAAUAAAAGUAUGGAAUUAUGAAAUUAAUAAUUUUAAUGGACCUUAUUUUUAAAACAUGAAUGAAAAGUAGCGUUAUCAAGUUCAAUCAACUCUUUUUAAAAUAUAAUCUGAAGUGCAUGCAGGUUUGUAACUUACUGAACUAAAUGUUAUAAAUUUAGGAUUUUUUUUUCACUGUCUAGUUUUGAAUUCUGCUUUGAAUGGUAAAAUUACAUUUAUGUUGUAAUAAAAUAAAAGGAAAAAAAAUGGCGAUGAACAGUCAAAGUAACAAGAAGAACUAAACCCGGUAAUCACUAAAGUUAGCACGAAAGAAAUCGUUGUCAGUGUUUCCUUUGAAGUCAGAUUUAUUUUUUAUUGAUAACAUGAAAAUAUUUUUGUCACAUAUCAGUCUUUCCAGAAUCCUUUUUGAAAAGAAACAGCUAUUUACUUUUUUAAUUUCCUGGAUUUUUGGGAGUUUUCGGAAUAGAAUAGUAUUUGUGAAUAUAAUAUUUUAUAUAAGCCGGUCUCUGUUGUGACUAGAUAUCAUCACAAGUGCUUGUAUCUGAUUGGUUGACAAAUAAGUUAAAAUAGAUUUUAGUAUCUUUUUUU